AUGCAGUUUGUUGUGGUAGACGGCAGCUGGCCAGUUGUCCCCUGUGCGAUUCCGCGCUCACAACUACUAGCACGCUCAGUGAAGGAUACCGACCACGGCGAAGAUGGUGGCGGUCAAUCAGUGCUUCCAGGCCACGCCCUGUUCACACUAUGUCAAGAGGUCUUGGACACCUCUGCUUCGAAAACGAAAGCUCCUCCGGAACUGGCAACGCUGGACAUGACGUUCUUGCGUGAUCCGCAAAGUGGUCCACUAGGAGCCCUUCGUCUUUACACUUUUAAGAGUGUGAGUCAUCAGUUUUUUGCGGUGGAGGAUCUUGUUAGCUCAGGGUGUCUAAUCGUAUUUACUUCACACUGGGCAUCUCUCACCUCUGCGGCUUUGCUGACCGGUGUGAGAACCACUCACAAAGAGAAGGAUGACUCCGCCAAGUCAUCUAGACGCCGCAUAGAGAAUAAUACUGGGAGUGGCACGCGUGAGGUGUCUGCUUCGAGGGCAAGUAGCCUUAUGGGACGCGGUCGCUCCGUGCUACAAAAGUUUUCACGCGCGGAAACGUACUUUACUUCGGUGGCAUCGGCAACUCAAAGGGACUUUGAGAUGGUGAAUGAGUUGCUUCUAUCGGGAACGAUUCGCAUGAACGCCCACUUGGAGUCAUUUCUCUGCAGCGUCUGUGGAAACCUACCGCGGAGAACGAUGACGACGUCAUGCUGCGGUGCGGUGGUGUGCUUGUUGUGUGCACCGACGCUGUCCUCAUCGUCUGUCCUCAGGGAAGAGGUGGUGUGCGCUGUUUGCGGUGAGAUGCCCCUCACAAACCCCGAAGCCCACGUGAGCCGCGAUGCGGAGGUGAUGCGGUUGGUACGGGAGCUCCGUGUCUUGUAUCAUCCGCAGGUUUCCGCAGCCGCGUGUCGUGCCAUGCCAGGCGAGACGCAACCCCCACCCACACCCUUCAACGUGCACCACGCGGGAUUGCCCGUACCGAUUUGCGACAUGAAUGAGCCAACUGGUUCUGUGCUUGGAUCCGUAUUUAUGGGACCAUCGUGA